AUGACGGUGUCGGGCAGUUCAAUUGUUUUUCACACGUUUAGUGGUGACGAAUUCUUGCUCGGCCACCUCGAUAUGGACACCUACAACGAGGAUUUGUUGUUCUGCAGAUUCUGUUUGCGUGUCACACAGUCAUCGUUCCCGAUCUUCAUGGAUUCCGACCCAGACUUGGCCAGAGACGUGAUGAACUGUCUUCAAAUCAAGAUCACUAAGGAUUCUAUCGGCCCGAAACACAUAUGCAACGAGUGCUAUGAUCGCGUACAAGAUUGGGUGAUGUUCAAAAAACAGAGCGAAGAGGCUCUAAAGGAAAUCGAUUCCAACUCUGAUUUUGUCGAGAGAGAGCCAGUGUCAACCACAAAUGAUUUUAUAGACCUUGUUGACGAAGUGGAUUACCAUUGCUGUAUAUCGUGCGACAAUAUUUUUCCUAAUGAAUACGAGCUAUCAAUACAUGUGAGUGAAGUUCACCAAGAUAUAGAUUUUAAACUUGAAAGAGAUGAAAUCAUGGACAUUCAGUCAACAUUUGUUGAUGAUGACUUUAUCCAGUGUGAUGAAUACUUGGAGGUAUUCCACAACAAACCUCCAUCUCUAAAGAUGCAUUAUGGUGAAUCUAAAAUUAAGCAAACCGUUGAGGAUAUGGAUGAAAAAUUUCAAUGUUAUUAUUGUAGUGCACAAUUUGACGAAUUUAUACACUUAAAAGAGCAUUCAGUAGCCAGACACCGUGAUUUGAAUAAAAAAACCGAAUGUAACAAAUGCAACAAAAUAUUUCUGACUGUCUCUGACCUACAAGAGCAUGUAAAGCUAACACAUCCGACCAAAAAAGAUAAGGGAUUAUCAGAGAACCCAACGUUGAGGACAUCAAAGAGGUCACCUUACAUAUGCCACUUAUGCAAUAAGACUUUCUCAAGGUUCUGUGAUUUGUUAGACCAUGACGAGAUACAACACGAUGAUUUACCAAAAAAGUAUAGGUGUGGCGUGUGCAGCAAAAUGUUUCUGAUGGAAGACAGGGCAAAAGUACAUUUCAAUUUCUAUCAUACUAAAACGAAAGGUUCAGUGAAUUUCCAGUGCAGCUAUUGUGGGAUGGAACUCAAAAGUGCUUCAGCUGUAGCCAACCAUGAAAGAAUGCACAUCACUCAAAAUUCUUCAAAAAUCAAAUAUAACAUAAUUAGAGACUGA